AUGGCUGGGCAGAACGGCAAUUCAUCCGGCUCGGAGAUGACUGAGAAGGUCAACACGAACAUCAUCACGCUGACGCGCUUCCUCACCGAGGAGCAGGCGAAACAUAAGGAAGCUACGGGAGAUUUCACCCUGUUGUGCCACGCAUUGCAGUUUUCCUUCAAGUCAAUUGCCUACUACAUCCGCCGUGCUACUCUGAUCAACCUGACUGGCCUUGCUGGCUCCGCGAACGUUACCGGCGACGAUCAAAAGAAGCUUGAUGUCAUUUCCAAUGAGCUCUUUAUCGAAGCCAUGCGAUCUUCGGGGAAAUGCGCCGUCCUAGUAUCCGAGGAGGAAGAGAAUGUAAUCUUUUUCAAGAACAACGCCGGCGCUCGGUAUGCCGUUGCAUGUGAUCCCAUUGACGGAAGCUCGAAUUUGGAUGCCGGCGUCUCGGUUGGUACGAUUUUCGGUAUCCAUAAACUCUCCGAUGACUCCACAGGCACCAAGGAAGAUAUCCUAAAGCCAGGCUCCGAGCUGCUCGCAGCAGGGUUCACCAUGUACGGCGCGUCAGCCCAGCUUGUGAUCACAAUGAAAGGGGGCACUGUCAAUGGCUUUACCCUCGACAACGGACUCGGCGAGUUCAUUCUCUCACAUCCAAACAUGCGAUUGCCACGGUCGAGGGCAAUCUACUCGGUGAAUGAAGGAAACUCACUUUACUGGGCAGAUAAUGUCAAGUCAUACUUCAACUCGCUGAAAGAACUCCAGGAAAACGGCAAGCCGUACAGUGCCAGGUAUAUUGGCAGCAUGGUUGCAGACGCCUACCGUACACUUCUGUACGGUGGCAUUUUUGCCUAUCCCGCGGACAAGAAAAGCCCCAAGGGCAAGUUGAGGAUUCUCUACGAGUGCGCCCCAAUGGCAAUGGUCUUCGAGAAUGCUGGCGGCCAGGCCGUUGAUAGCAACAUGAAACGAAUGCUAGACGUCGUCCCCGUAGACAUCCACGACCGGUCGGGUAUCUUCAUGGGCAGCUACGAUGAGAUCGAAAAAGUUAAGGCAUUCCAUAAGUCUUAG